AUGGGUUCUUGUUUUACAAAAUAACAAAAAGAAGAAGUGCACAAAAGACAUUCAUCUAAAUUAAAAGUAAUCAUACCAAAAAAUUAAUUGUUGGAGAGUAUACAUUUUUGAGUAUUUAUGUCAGCAAACCCUGUUUAUGCAGAAAUGCCUUUUGAUUUAGGAGAUUGCUUUCAACUCAAUAAGAACCUAUUUAAAGAUGAAUACAAUAUUAUUGAUCCUAAUCCUUUUUUAUCUACUGAAUAUGGAAUUUAUCAGUGGUGUUAUUGCAAAAAAACAGAUUCUCGCAAGUUAGUUAAAACUAUAAAAAAAUCAACUGAUCCAAAAUCAGAUGAACCUGUAUUGAUCUUAAAAAACAUUCAUUUAAUGCAAUACUUAGUAAAUUUAAUAUAAAAGCAAGGAUCAUCCAAAUAUUGCCAAAAUGAUGGAAUAUUUUAAUGAAACUGAAUAUUAUCACAUUAUUUAUGAAGAUUAUGUAGGUGGUAAUCUCUUAAGUAAAAUGAUAAACAAAGGAGGAAACCCAGAAUAAAUGGCUGCUGUUAUUAUAGAGUAAGUAUUAAGUACUUUUGUAUAUUUACAUUCUAAAAAUAUCAUAUAUCGUUUUCUAAGUAUAAUAAUUAAAAUUAUUAAUUUUAAGAUCAUAAUACCCUUUUUUGUGAUGAUUAACUUAUAAUAACUUUUUUAGAAUUUGGAGCUGCUAAAAAAAUUUAACAUAAUCUUUAAUAACCAAUAGGUGAUUAAUAUUAUUAAUCUCCUGAAAUGAUUAAUGAAAAUUAUAGUUUUAAAUCUGAUAUUUGGUCAGCUGGAGUUUUAUUACAUUUUUUGCUUUCUGGAGCUAUGCCAUUUGAUGGUAUUAUGGCAUAAUCAAUUAAAAAUUCCAUAAUGAGAGGUAUUGUUAAAUUAGAAGAUACAUUUGAUUGGGAUAAAAUUCCUGAAGCCAGAGAAUUUGUCAAAAAAUUAUUAAAUUUUUCAUAAUAUCAAAGACCUUCUGCAUAAGAUGCUUUAAAGGAUAAAUGGAUAAUAAAAGCAAAAUAAAAAAAGAAAGCAUUGAAAAUGAAUCCAGCAUUGACUAAUCUUAGAAAAUUUUAGAAAUGUGAGGUCUUAGUAGAAGCUAUUAUUAUGUAAAUAGUUUAAAUGACUCUUACUUAAGAAUAAAAGAGAGAGAUAUUUUAGAUAUUUUAAGAAUUUGAUACUAAUAGAGAUGGUAAAAUAUCUACUUAAGAAUUAAUUGAAGGUACUUAUUUGAUUAUAGAUAGAGGAUAUAAAAAAUAUUAAACAAGUACUAAAUUAGAAGAUUAAGAUAUUGAAAAAUUGGUUAAAAAGAUAGAUUCAAAUGGAAAUGGUUAUUUAGAUUAUACAGGUAUAAAAUAAUAAUAAAUUAUUAUAAAGAAUUCUUAUUAGCUUGUCAAGAUAAAAAGAAAUUAUUAACAGUUGAGAAAUUGAAAUUAGUAUUUGCUUAAUUAGAUGUAGAUAAAGAUAAUGCAUUAUCAAUGAUAGAAAUGAGAAGAAUAUUUGGAGGUAAUAGAAUUAGUGAUAAGAAUUGGCAUAAUAUUCUACGCAAAACUAAUUUACAAUAAAAAUCUGUCUUAAGUGAAUAAGAGUUUUUAGAAUUCAUAAUUAAAACUAUAUAAAAUGACCAUUCUUUUUAGUGA